AUGGCAGUUGAGACACAGACAACGCAACAAGUCGCGCCGACUUCAGAUCCGGCAAGCAGUCAUGCGCAGGCGGGAGUAGCAUCGACGAGACAGUCGAAGAGAGCUUGUGAUUGUUGCAGAAAACGCAAGGUCAAAUGCGACGGCCUCGAUCCGUGCAGUCCUUGCAAGAAGGCGUCGAUACGAUGUGCAUAUCUGCAGCCUCCCAAAAAGAAAGGACCAAAAGGAUUGCGGAGCGCGCGAGUGCUUCAUGCUUUGCGACGCAUCGACGAUACGGCUUCUGCGAGCCCCACGAGCCCGCUUGGUCCACAUGGACAUGGACCUUUUGGUAAUUGGCAAUGGAACGCACAUCAGUCGCCGACCUCUGCUACACAUCAAUACCAGGCGAAUGGAGCGCAUCCUUCUGAGACCUUAUACCAACACCAGGCUGGCGUUGCACCCGACCAACACGCCCAAUGCGCAGCACCUUCGCUUUCGGGCCAGGCGCCACAGGCGUUCUUCAAAAGAGAACCACAGCCUCAGUAUAGCUGGUCAUCAGGGCAAGCUGAGUCUGUUUCCACCGGCAGUGACAACAUACCUCAUGUCCUCUCGCCAUCUUCGUCGGAAGGCUACCAGCAUCGCAUCCUUCCCGCAGAGACAUUUCCACCUUACGUUCAAUUAUUUUUCAACCACAUGUUUGCUAUCAUGCCAGUCAUCGACCGCAACAUUUACCUCGAUCCGAACCUCUACACCAACAGCCGGCCCAUGACCUCUGAGUUAUACUGCUUUCUAUGUGCGUUGUGCGCAGCAACUGUCGUACAGCUUGACGAAUCGAUACCACAGCCGCCUUCUCCAUUUCCCUCGACGCGAGCAGACUUGUUAUUCGCUGAGGAGUGUCUACGAGAACGAAAGACGUUUGAUUAUGUUGAACAAAUGUCGACUCUGAGCCUUAUGACGUCGUUCUUCCUAUUCGCGUACUAUGGCAAUCACGAGAAACACGCCCAAGCUUGGCAUUAUUUGCAAGAGAGUAUUACCUUUUCCGAAAAUUUGGAAAUGGACGACGAGGACCUCUAUCAGAAACUCGAUCCCAUGGAAUCGCAAUGGAGGAGAAGACUUUACUGGCUGCUCUUCAUCACGGAGCGUGCUUAUGCUGUGCAGCGUCGAAAGCAUACAAGACUGCAUGCCUCGGUGACUCUGCCUGCUAUCUUCGAGAGCGAGGAUCCUCAGCUGCUCAAUGGAUUCGUCAACUUAGCCAAUCUGUUCGGUGCCGUAGACGAAUCGUUUGUCAGCGCCUGGCGGGGGACUAGGAGAGCCAGCCUGUGUGAUGAGGCCUGGCUAGCACGCACGCAGAAGCAACUUGACGCGACUGCGAACGCUGCAGGCAUGGGCGAGUUGACAGAAACGCAACACCUCGAUAUCAGUGUUACGAGGGAGUGGCUUCAUGUGCUAGCCUGGCAGAUGGGCGUGUCUAACGGGCUCAUCUGGGGUCAAGGCGAAGGAGGCAUGCGCCUGGACUAUCCAGUCGAAUUGGCACGAAAGGUGGUGGAGAUCACUUCUGGCGCGAGCGCUCUGGCACUCGACAGCCAUGGCAUUGGAAUGGUAUGUUUUGAUAUGUCUCUUUGGUCCAGAUGCAUGCUCUGACUCGAUACAGGAACAAAAGCUUUCCGACAUUGCUGGAUGUCUUGCCGACGUGCUCAAAUGUACCGCUGGCGAUAGCUCUGCCACCUUCCUCAAAGGCAAGCAGUACCUCAAAACUCUACUCAACAAGCUCUCCAGCAUGCGUGGCAAGGAGUCGCGCUACCUCAAGCCACUCAUGGUGAAGAUGGAUGGCUUACUGGGAUACGAAAUUACUGCCACGUUGCCCCCGCCCAAUGAGCCGGUGCCAUCCUUCAGGCAAAGCAAUACGCAGAUUCCAGCUAUCUUUGCUCCCUCCUCGCCGAAGUGGACGAUGACCGAGUCCGUCUCGAUGUUGAGGACUUUGUCGAUGACUGGCGGUCUAGGGAUGCCGGGACUUGCUUGUACACAGGAAGAUUGGAAUCAGCGACGGCCUAGUGGGAGAGUGUUGGAGGAAGAUGAAUUGCAGGCUUUGCAGCCUUGGCUUGCAAAUGCUACUACGCAGUCAAUGUAG